AUGGUACCCAAAUUAUUGAAUGUCGGCGAGCUAUCUGCCCUGUAUUUCGCCCACGGCGUGGCAGAGAGAGAGUAUGCGCGGGUGCUCUCGACGUGCAAGGCCGCCUACCUCGGAGACCUCCGCGCCCAGAGACCAUCUUCUCUUAUGACGCACUGCGCCGGGACCCGUGGCUGUCGCGUCAGAACUGGAGACACGGUUGCGGGGCAAGGCGCGACCGGCCCGUUUGAGCGCUCCGUCUUCGCGAUCGGCCAUGCUGCAUCGUUGGCAUUGUUAUCUAAGGUUGCUUUCCGGCGCGCCGACGGCAGCACUGAGAUGCAGCCCAUCGCUUCUUAUGACGGCGCGACAUGGGGCACAGGCGAUGAAGCCGCCCAGUGGGAUAUUGUGACCCCGGCGGUUGAAAGCAUCGCUCGCAUAACCAAGAUACAAAUACCUUGGGUGCAUCCAUUGCAAAGUUCAGCGCCUCAACGGACUAGUUAUUUUGGGGAGUUGUUAUUGCUACUUAGCAUAUCUCCUUUACCGUAGACGAUCAUUUGUUACCAAAUUAGAAAGCCUGCUAUCCUUUCGAAAAAGGUUUAAGGAUCCCUGAGUCUUUAUCUACACUUCUACUCACGACCUUCAGAAGUUGCC